GUGACCGUGGACAGUGGAAUAAAACUAUAUGCUCAGUGAAAGCAACCAAAGGAAUUUGAGCAACACAGAAAAAAUUAAAUAUGAUGAAGAAUGAAGAAACGAGUUUUAAUGUGGACAGUACACGAGCCUCUCCCUUUUCCUGCUGCCUGCAGCCGCUGAGCCCUGUUACAAAGCCACAAAGAAUGACUCCAUUUGGUGAAGAAUUCAGACCACACCUCUCACAUUUCCACUAUGGCCAUCCUCCUCUUGGAGACAUGGAAACUUUCCAGGGGUCCUUGGAAGGAGGGUCUCGGAAACGCAAGAGCAUGCCAACAAAAAUUCCACCUUCUAUCACUCUUGAGGGUUCCUCAUCACCACCAGACAGACCUGAAGAUCACAAUGAUAUAGGCUCUUCCAGUCUCCCCAUGGUGUUUCAACAGCCAGCACAGCCCAAAUACAGUUCUCAGAUGAUCGACCUCUGCAACUUUGGUUUUCAGUUCUACAGAACUCUGGAGCACUUUGGAGCCAAGCCCAUUAAGCAAGAACCAGUGAAGCCUAAGAUGGCAUGGCCCAGUAGCCCAGCAUUCAUGCAGGCUCCUUACCCUUAUUAUCCUAAAGUCCAUCCUGGCUUAAUGUUUCCUUUUAUUGUGCCCCCAAAAUUUCAUUUCAGGAACCCCUUUCAAAUGAAAAGGCCUCCAGAGCCACCCUUCAGGAGGGCUGAAGUAAGAGGAUGUGGUGAAAAUAAACAGAAAGUGGAAAGAGUAGAUGUCAACCUUCAGAUAGACGACAGCUACUAUGUUGAUGUGGGGGGUGAACAGAAACGCUGGCAAUGUCCCAUGUGUGAGAAGUCCUAUACAUCCAAGUACAAUUUGGUCACCCAUAUCUUGGGGCACAGUGGCAUUAAGCCACAUGCUUGCAUCCGAUGUGGCAAACUUUUCAAGCAGCUGAGCCACUUGCACACGCAUAUGUUGACACACCAGGGCACUAGGCCACAUAAGUGCCAGGUGUGCCACAAGGCUUUCACUCAAACCAGUCAUCUUAAGAGACACAUGAUGCAACACAGUGACAUCAAGCCUUACAACUGCAGGAUCUGUGGCAGAGGUUUUGCCUAUCCCAGUGAGCUGAAAGCACACGAGUCUAAGCACGAGAAUGGCCGAGAGAACAUUUGCGUGGAGUGUGGUCUGGACUUCCCAACCUUGGCCCAGCUGAAAAGACACUUAACAACCCACCGUGGCCCCAUACAGUACAAUUGCACUGAAUGCGAUAAGACCUUCCAGUACCCGAGUCAGCUGCAAAACCACAUGAUGAAGCACAAAGACAUCCGUCCGUAUAUCUGCACUGAAUGUGGCAUGGAGUUUGUGCAGCCUCACCAUCUCAAACAACACUCCCUAACUCACAAGGGUGUGAAAGAGCACAAAUGUGGAAUUUGUGGCCGGGAAUUUACUCUGCUGGCCAACAUGAAGCGACAUGUCCUGAUCCACACCAAUAUCAGAGCCUAUCAAUGCCAUUUGUGCUUCAAGAGCUUUGUGCAAAAGCAGACUCUCAAGGCUCACAUGAUUGUUCACUCUGAUGUUAAACCCUUUAAAUGCAAGCUGUGUGGAAAGGAAUUUAACAGAAUGCACAAUUUAAUGGGACACAUGCACUUGCACUCAGACAGUAAGCCUUUCAAAUGCCUCUACUGUCCCAGCAAAUUCACCUUGAAGGGGAACCUAACCAGGCACAUGAAAGUCAAACACAGCAUCAUGGAAAGAGGAUUUCAUUCUCAAGGUUUUAGAAGAAGAAUUUCUCUGUCCCAGACAAAUGUCUUGAGAAGCUUGGAACAGGAAGAACCCUUUGAUCUUUCCCAGAAAAGCCAAGGGAAGGGAAUCUCAUUUAAUUUGGAUGGCGAGAGUGCCAAGGGAAGCUCAUGCCAGGAAGAGGAAGACAACUGCUAUGAGACAAAGCAUUACAGCCCUGGCAUGUACCAUCAUGACAACAAGCUGUACGUGGCUCAAGAUCUGUCUGGCAAACCUGAGUGCAUGAUGAACUGCAAUGAGAAGGAAGAAAUGCUAAGUGAGGGAGGACUGGAGAAGAGAAUAGGAAAUUCAGACAAACAGGAGAGCCAAGGAGAGAGAGACCUUGUAAACAACAAAGAACACCUCAGCUUUAGAUCCUUUGAAAAGGCCAGACUUAGCCAUUCUCUCUCUGAUUACUUGUAUUUCAAACACAGUAACAAGAGUUUGAAAGAAUUACUGGAAAGAAAAAUGGAAAAACAAACAAUGUUUAUAGGCAUUUAAAUGGACAUUUUAAAACAGCUGGAAAAAUGGAACCAGAUAGCUUUUAGCAUGAACUGUAAUUUACCAAAGCCUGGAAGUUUGUAGUAGUCUUUAGAAAUAAACAAGCCAAAUGAAUAAAAAUAUUUUAAGGUGAAACACAUACGUUAGAAGAAUAAAGCAGUCCAAGGUCACCAAGAAAUGCAAUAGAUAUUGAACACUAACAUUUUUAUACUUAUCCAAUUGAUGUAAAAGCAGACAGUGGGGUGGGUACAGAAGUUUAUUUUCCUUUAUCUGGGAUGGUAGACACUUAUACACAAUUUUCUAGUUAUCAAAAAACAACAUACUUUAGAGUUUGACUUAUUAUCUGACUAAAUAUAUAUGAACAUUUCUAACCAUAGGUCUCAAAAAAUCUGAAAAUGCUAAGUAUUUCACAGUAUAAGCAAGAGUACCGUUAAAUAUGGUGUGCAUGAAAGUGCUGUCACUCCCAGAACUAAAUACUUUCAUUUACUGAAGUUACUGUUUUAGUUCAACCACUUACAAUGAGAAAUGGGAAACAAAUUAAGAAGAAAUGCUAACAUCUUGUAAGAUAGUGAAGUGCAACUCUGCAAGGCUUUGAAAGGACUGGAAUUUGUUAUGGUCACAGAAGCUUUUCCUCUGGCACAAGAAAUGUUCAUGUUUUGCUAUGUUUCAGUCAGUAAGGGAAUAUUCAGCACUUCUUCAAGUGAAAUAGCAUGAACUGCAUUGACAUUUUGUUCUACUGUCUGCUCAGACCAAUACAUUUAAUCAUCAUCAGCAUGUAGCAUUUGCAAGUCUUGCUGUAAUUACACAUAAAGCAAUGAGUCAUUUCAUUCAGAAAAUGAUGUAAUUUUGCUGUUUAUCUGUUCAUUUUAACUUAGCUAGCAAGGAUGAUUUUGAAAUUCCCAGGUCUGAUCAGAUUUUGUUUUAGAAGGGAUUUUAUUUUACUUUAGAGGUCCCCAGAAUGGCAAUGCUAUUUAGGAAUAAUUUGUAAUGUAAAUCCCUUUUCUUGCAUUCUUCCUAGAAAGUGGAGAAUAUUUCAUUACAGUGAAGCCUUGAGACUAUGCCUGGUCACAUAGUCACACUAAGCUAAUUCACAAGCACCCAUGGAUAAUUCAUGUUAGAGUAGUAAAGAACUCAUCUAAAACUGUAAGUGAUCAGUCAGAGGAAUUGCAAACAAAACUAUUACUGAGAUAAGGAGGCAGUGCCAAGUGACCCAAGCAAAAGGAUUAGAUGAUAGUCCUCCCUACUGCAGAACAUAAUGCAGCUGGGUCUAAGACACUUAUAAAGAGGCCCCAAGGGACAAAUUAAAAGUGAAAUAACAACCUUCAUUGUGAAGCACCUUGCUUUCCAAACAUAAGUUAUUUUCACACUGUUUACAUUGGCACCAUUUUGGGAACAGACAGUAACAGCCUUGCUUUUGUUUUUUAAUAGCUUUGAAAAUGCUUUAUAGAAAUUUGCUCUCAUAACCAAGUUAUUUCCCAUUUUUGAAGGAUUAGCUUCCUUAUUUUGCUUUGAAUAGAGGCCCAGAAGUCCUGUAGAGACAUUGCCUGUCCCCUGGACUUUGGGACACUAAUUUUCUUUUUUCCUCCUUCCUAAUCUGUCUAUCUACCUUUUUCUUGCAAUGUUGUGGAAAAAAAAGUAUCUAUCUGACUCUUCUCUGUUAUUUGGGUUUUCAGCUUGUGAUAAAACAUUAAAUUAAAGACCAGUCUCCACCACGUCUAUAUUAAAUCACAUCCAUACCAUUUCCCUGCAUUAUUACAUGAAGCCUAACUUCAUCCUCUUGGAGAGCAUCAGAGCAAAUAAGAGUGACCGCAAACUCAUAAAACUGAGAUGCUUUCCAAACCAGAUGCUCAAGAAGUCUUGCUGAGGAAUGGUAAAUUGGCAACUCUAUAAUGAGUCUGGGCAAGUGAAGGCACUUGGUUUGUUAAAUUAGAGGCUUUUCUGCUGUAAAGGGCAGCAGGGAGAAUUCUGCAAGACACUACAGAACAGAGUAGGUGGAUGAAAAGUCAAAAGUUGGGUUAAUAAAAUUUGAGGGUAAAGAAAUACGAUGUAUUUACUGAGAAAGUGAAGUUGUAGGUAAUCUUGGACUGAGCUGUUUUGAGUCUGGCCACCAGGACUCAGCCAUCUCCUUGUGAACCUGAGUUCUCCAGGCUGCUGGACAGCCUCCAGUCUGUGAAGGCAAAGACAGGUGCUAUGUGCUCAGCAGCUCAAAGGAUAAAACAUUUUAUGAUAAUAUUAGAAUAGAAGUUUAUCCUGUGCUGUGUCCUAUAAAACAUGUUCUUGGAAAGUUACCGGAAAGCUACCACACUCACAUUUUUACAACUCUGUAUUGGUUUAGUGGCUAUUCUCUGAUUUCUCUCUUCAUACAGUGCUGCUGUACUCUGCUGUUAUGAGUGUACAGUUAAGAAGUAAUAUAAGUACUAUAUUUAUUAUUCCAAGAAGUUUUUUAUAAUUAUUAACAGUUUUGAAAAUGUCAUGUAUGCUUAGCUGAACAAGAUGUAACAGAGUUAACAUUUUGUACUCCUAACAGAUUUUGCAAAUGAUGUGUAUAUUUAUUUCACACAGAACACUGGGUUCCUAUUUAAAGACCCAACUCAAAAAAUGGACCAACUAUCUGUGAAUAUUUAGUUUCUGGCUUUCUAUCUCAAUAGUAAAAGUAUGUAUGAUGUAUUGUAUUAAUUUAAGCAUAUAAAUAUAUGUACUGGAGAUGCUGCUGUACUUUGUAUUGAAAUAGAUCUGGAGUUCUUGGCACCCUAGAUAUUUUAUAUAGUAAAUGCAUGGGGCUGGUCUGACAAGGUCAUACUUCACUCAGCACCACUGAAGAGUGGUCCUUGUAAAGGGAAGCCUAAAUGAAUGAAAGAGGACUAGUUAGGAGACAAAGGCAGAAGGGCUACCAGGUCCUCUGAGACAGAGAGAUCACUUUAUUAUUACAGACUGCAGGGAGGACAUAAAGAAUGCUCUGGAAUGAUUGUGGCAUUUGGUAACUUAGACAAGCUAAAAAAGAAAGAUGUAAUCCUUAUCUUAAAGACGUUUCAAAGAUCUGCAUCCUGCAAAAAGAGAAGAAAAAAACAACCAGAUGUGUUAUAAAAUUGAAGUUAAGAAAGUAGGAAUACCUGUAUAAUUCAAUGAAUAAGCAGAAGACACUAAACUCAUAAUUUCUUUUUCUAAUGGAAAGCAUCACUUCUAAGUAAACUCUUGGAUUUGUUUGUUUGUUUUAAUGAGAUCCUGAUGGACUUGGCAUCAUCAGACUUCACAGAGGCAAUUUUAAGCUUUUAAGUUUUUGAACACAGAGAGAAAGCAACUGGAACGCUGGCUAUAAAAUAACUCAGGUAAUAAAAUAGAGGUAUUGAGUUUCUAAUUGUCAGAGGUAUAUACCUUAAAAAGAGCAAGAAGGCUUAUACAAACACUAGAAAUACAUGUAAGAGGCUAAAUGAAACAGAACUAAGCCUUUUUUGCUUUCUUGUUUUCUUAUUUUCUUAUUUUUUCCUUGUUUUGAUUGCAGGUAAAACCACUAUGAAGAUUAUAAACUAGUUCUACAUGAGGAGGUAGAUAUGUUUCUUUAGCUGGGGAGUGACCUAGUUCAUUUCCAUGUGACUCAAUAUCAAUGAUACUCAAAGUUUCCUCUUUGCCAGCUGCAGAAAUAUAAUUUAGAAAAACAUAUGUUUGGUCAUUUUAAUUUUUGUUGAAAACUGAGCUAUGCUCACUUAUGUCUUCAAACAAGCAGAAAGGAAG